GAUCUACCAAUAAUCCACAAAUCAUCUCCAGCAUCAUGACAGUCAGCAAGCCACAGGCACUGUCGGCUCCAGCGUGCAAGCCCCUUGCACCACAUAUCAAGUUGGGCAACCUCAUAUCGUGGUCCAAGAACGGGUUCAUAGCGUAUGCCAACCACAACACCACCUCGCCCAAUCUACUCCUUACCUAUCUCGAGAACACGGACGGAAAGACAUGGCAGUUGGCCGCCCCGCAAACACUCGACUCCAAGCUUGGGAGUGUGUCGAACGAGAUCUCUCUCGUGUGUUGGAGUAAUUUAAACACCGACUUGGCAGUGGCCGAUGCCUACGGAAACUUCUAUAUUCUAUUGGCAGGCGUAGGGUUGCUUGACCAUCAAAAGGGACACAAUGGUCAUUCCAGCAACGGCUCCAGUACCAGCUCGAACGGGUUCUCGUCUGCCAGUAUCAACACUAACGGAAGUACCACAAGCAGUGCAAAUGGGUCUUUAGGUGGAAAGUCAAAUGGUACCGCCAACGCCACCAACGGGUCCAAUUCCUCUCCGUCAACCGAGAGCACCCCCAGCUAUGAGUUGACCUCCUACAACAACGUGGAGAUGAUCUACCGUGACCAGCUGUAUUCCCACACCACCACUUCCAUCGUGGCUUUUAAGUGGUUGAACAUCGAAAAGCCCCAGAUUGUCAAUAAACCAGCCACCCUAGUUGCGGAAGGUGACGAGUUGAAGUACACCUAUGGAGUGGGCCAAGCACAGCCGCAUGGUAUAACCCAUCCCAUUUCUACGAAACAGGCAUGCGUUGCCCUCCGUCAGAAUGGUGAAUUCAUUCUCUACUUCCAGGGUGAGCACAAAGUAGAGUAUCACAAGUCCAGUUUGUUUGUCAGCGACCAGCUAGUACAUUUGACCACAUCCUCAAUUGGGUUCAAUAACGAAAAACAGGUGAUAAUAGUGGCAUACGAUUCCUUGUCCAAUAAGAUUCUCACAUACACAGUCUCCAUUGAUUGGGGAUUUUUGGUUGAAUCAGCUAAAAGACAAAAGACCGACCCUCAUUUUCAUACCCCUAAAGAAGCCCAGAAAAUGCCGAAGGUGACGUUGCAAAAAGUCCAGCAGAUGAGCCCCAUUCCGUUGUUUAGUGAUGCGCUGCUUGAAAUUCAAAAGAUUAAGUCAGAAGAUGCUAUGGACGUGGAUGUUUCCAAGCCAUCCGAAUCUUCAGAUGCUCACUUCUCGGUAGGAAGUUUAGAUGGUAUCGAAAUAGCAUCAUCCAAUGCAGAGAAAGAUUCAAAACCAGAUAUAUUCAUAAUCUAUUCGUGGAACGAUGCAGUUAGUGGAACCUUUAGCAAGAUAUACAGAUACAACUUGAUCGAGGAACAGGAGCUAAUUUCGGAUGCAUUUACUGACUUGGGUCUUCGUAAGAAAUCUUCCGAAGAUACCACCACUCCUGCUUUAUGUCAGAGUUUGCGGUUACAGGAUGUUAUGACGAGAUCAGGAAAGAUCAAGUCAAUUUCGAGCGCUCUCAAUGAUUAUUUUGUCCUCAUUCAAUAUGAAGAUAAUAGGAAACUUGAUGUCAUUGAUAGAUUCACUUUGAAAAUUGUGAAUAACGAGUCCGUCAAGGACGAUCCCCCGACCACUGUGACUACAAUCUUUGAUACAGGGUUUCAGUUCGCUUCAAUUCCCUCAGACAAGUCAUUGGUGGUUGCAGUUUCUCCAAAUAUGACAUCAUUCGUAUACAUACCACUCAGAUCGACAAAUGCCAAUUUGACAUUUGAAGUUGUUAAGAAAGUAAAUUAUUUGUCGAACUCAUACAAGGAUUUAUUGAUUUCAUCUGUUGGAUUGGCAUAUCGCCAUGCUUAUUCUUGUUACACAAACACUUGUUCUGACGAUAUCCUCAUUCUCAUUCAAUCCGAAAUCGCUAGAUUAUCAGGUUCUGAUGAAAAGGAUCCCAAGACUCAAUUAACCAUUCACAAAUUUAUAGAAGCUGUGAUAUCAGAAGCGCACAAGGCUAUCAUUUUUGAGCUCGAUAAGUUUAGCAAGGAGUCUGUGGAUAAGCUUCUUUCAAACCCACCUUUGCAAAAGCUUUUAUCCUUACAGUUGGUCUUAGGAGAACUAAAUCCAAGAAACAACAUAAUGAGCGAUAUUGCAUGGAUCGUGUUGAACCUCAGAAGUGCAUCUUUUGGUAUCAUGUUUCUGUUGUCCAGUAUUUGCAGGUCCAAGAAGAAACCUACCGAAGAUAAUCUUCAAGACUCCAUUACAAGAGGUGAAUGUAUCAUGAGCUUGAUCGGAAAUAUGAAAUGGUUAAUUGACCUCAUGGUGUACUUAAAUCAAGAAUUAAUCGAAUUGUUCCUGAGCAAAAAUCACAGCUCAAGUAGCAGGAUUAAUAUCAGAAAUUCCUCAGUUCUUCCAAUUAUUAUGAGUAAGGUCCCAAGACUUUUUUUGAUGUAUGCAUUGUCUUCCAUUGGUAAAACCCAUGAGAUCUUAAAAAAAUUGCAUAAGGAUUUGGAAGUCUCCAAUAAGCUUUUCAGUCCAAUGAAAGAGUCUUUAAACCGUUGUUUUACCAUUUGCAACAAUUCGCCAUUAACAUUAAGUUUGUUUGAGAAUUUCUUACGAGAAUGCGAUGUGAUUAUCAACAAAGAAUUGUCAACUAAACUAGUGGGUAAAGACAGAAGUUAUGGAUUAAAACUUGAGCAAAAGCUAGUUUGUGAGGGAGAAGUUCCUGAUGAGUUAAUUCCAGUUGCUAGAGCAAUAAUUGACCGUCAUAACAUCAAUAUCAACAGAGAUAUGAAGGUAUCGGAUUUGUAUUUCUACGACGUUGAAUGGCUCAACGUAGGUAUUAACAAGUCUAUUUUAUCUAUUACACCAACGGAAUACUAUAGUAAUUCCCCUGAAAAAAAGUCGAUGACUCCAAGGUUGAAGUUUUCUGAUGACGAAUGCAUUGAUGCCUUGAGAAAAAUUGUGGUGACAACAAGGGGAACGAACGAGAAGUCGAGUACGAGGAGCCCUAAGUUGAGAAAAUGUACCAGAUGUCGUUCUUUGUCAUUGGUUUCUGAUCCACAUGUAUUCGAUGAGUCCACAGCCGUAGGUUUGUGGACCGUUGUUUUCCACAGAACAUGUAUUUGUGGAAACUCAUGGGUUAACUGCGAGGUAUAGAGCCAUUCACAAAACUUAAAAAUGAGUUUUAGUGGUUAUAAGUAACAUAAUAGUUAACAUUCCCUGUAACAACAUAAAGCACAUAAUGAAUAAAUGUUAAGUAAUAUGCAAAUCUGACUAGCCACUAGCCUCGAGCUUAGAAGUCUCGGCCUUUGGGGCUUCUGCGGAAGCGUCUGCUUCCUUUUGUUUUAGAGCAGCUUGUUUCUUUGUCUUUUCGUAUAAGUAUUUCAUCGCAAACGGCAUGGCGGCAUUAGUUACCACGAUCCAAGCACAUAAAACGCCGAUGUUGAGCCCCACGGUACCCUUCCACGCAUCAAAGUAUGCAACAUGAAACAAUGCAUACGCGUUACGCACUGGCAUGGCAUGCCCAUACCUGAAGAAUUUCGGGCACAAUUCCAUGGGUGACACAGUAGGUGC